GUUCGCAAAGGAUAAAAUGUCGAGUCUGUCCUUGUCCGGUCCUCUUGUCCAAGAAACUGUGACCAACAUCAUAAUUGUUCCUCAAACCCAAGGUCGCAACCAUCCCAGGGACGAUGUCUGCACAAAUCUACUACGAGAAAGACGCCUCCCUCGAUCUUCUCGAGGGCAAGACCAUAGUCUUCAUAGGCUAUGGAAAUCAAGGGCGAGCCCAAUGUCUGAACCUCAUAGACACACUCGCGAAGCACAUCUUCAAGCAAGUCCCGAAAGUACUAGCGACAAGCCUGAAUGACAAAUAUGCCGCCAUGUGCAAAGAAGACGGUGUCGACUUCACAAGUGACUUCGAGAAUGCCGCUUCUCGGGCCGACGUGCUCUUCCUGCUGAUCCCAGAUCAGUUUCAGCCAGCGCUGUUCAACAAUCGACUCGCACCUGUGCUCAAACACCGUGCCGUCAUCGUAGUCGCGAGUGGGUACAACUACUUCUACAACAAACUCAAGAUCGCCCCAAGUCAGGACGUCGUCAUGGUUGCGCCUCGAAUGAUCGGGACCAGCGUACGCUCAUUGUUCGUCAAGGGCGAUGGGUUUCCAUGCUUUGUGUCCUCCGAGCAGGAUGGGUCUGCACAGGCUCACGAGUGGAGUCUCACCAUUGCCAAAGCCAUCGGCGCGCUGAGGAAAGGCGCCAUCAAAUCCAGCUGUCGUGAGGAGACCUUGAUUGACCUCUUUGCUGAACAGGCUCUCUUUCCCACAGUGAUCACCAUCUUUGAGCAAGCCUAUACCACACUCAAGAACUUGGGCUGCAGCGAAGAGGCGUUGUGCUUUGAGCUGUUCAUGUCCAAGGAGCCCGCCGAGAUUUUCGAGAAGAUGGCGGAUGACGGGUUCGUGAAACAAUUGGUCCACCAUUCGACUGUGAGUCAGUACGGGCAACUCAAAGGCGCCUUGAAUUAUCCUCAAGAAAUCCUGCAGCCUUUGUUGAAAGAGUUCUCCCGCGUGGCGGAGAACAGAGUUCUCAAUGGUAGUUUUGCCGAAGAUUUCACACAGUUGGAGGAGAAGGAGGGUGGCGUGCAAGGAGCUCUGGACGAGUUGUAUAGGCAGGCCGAGAAGAGUGAUUUAGCCAAGGGGGAGGCAAGAGUCAGGCAGAGAUUGACCCUGUAG